CAGCGCUGGGGUUUGAACGGAGCAGGUUGUGCACCCGUACCGGGCUGGGGCUGUGCGUGCGGCCGUGGCGGCGAGGCACAGCACCGCACCGGACCGCACUGGACCGGACCGAGCCCGCCCCGGCGGCCGCGGGUCAGAGCCUUUGAUGGUGAGCGGGACGCUGCCUCACGAUGAGUUACUGGAGUCUGGAUAAGAAAAGCUGCCUGCAGUACUGCCGGCACUUCCUAGCGGACAACGGCGUGUUCCACGUUGAAAGAUGCAUGAGCGUGAUGCAGUCUGGGACGCAGAUGGUGAAGCUGAAGAGUGGAACCAAGGGGCUGGUCCGUCUCUUCUACCUGGACGAGCACAGGACCUGCAUCCGAUGGAGGCCCUCCCGGAAGAGCGAAAAGGCAAAAAUUGUCAUCGACUCCAUUUACAAAGUCAGCGAGGGCCGGCAGUCAGAGAUCUUCCACCGCCACGCCGAGGGCAGCUUCGACCCCAGCUGCUGCUUCACCAUUUACCAUGGCAACCACCUGGAGAGCCUGGACCUGAUCACGUCCAACCCCGAGGAGGCUCGCACCUGGAUCACGGGGCUCAAGUACCUCCUGGCCGGGAUCAGCGACGAGGACUCGCUGGCCAAGCGCCAGAGAACGCACGACCACUGGGUGAAGCAGACCUUCGAGGAGGCUGACAAGAACGGGGACGGGCUGCUGAACAUCGAGGAGAUCCACCAGCUGAUGCACAAGCUGAACGUCAGCCUGCCCCGCAGGAAGGUCCGCCAGAUGUUCCAGGAGGCAGACACAGAUGAGAACCAAGGAACCCUGAACUUUGAAGAAUUCUCAGUGUUUUACAAGAUGAUGUCCUUGCGUCGAGAUCUGUACCUGUUGCUCCUAAGCUACAGUGACAAGAAGGAUCAUCUCACUGCUGAGGAGCUGGCCCAGUUUCUGAGGGUGGAACAGAAGAUGAAUAAUGUGACACCAGAAUAUUGUCUGGACAUCAUACAGAAGUUUGAAGUGUCAGAAGAAAACAAGAAGCAAAAUGUUCUUGGGAUUGAAGGCUUCACCAGCUUCAUGCGCAGCCCGGCAUGUGAGGUGUCCAACCCGCUGCACCGCCAGGUGCACCAGGACAUGCAGCAGCCCCUGUGCCACUACUUCAUCGCCUCGUCCCACAACACCUACCUGAGCGGGGACCAGCUGCUCUCCCAGUCACGCGCCGACAUGUACGCGCGCGUGCUGCAGGCCGGCUGCCGCUGCGUCGAAGUGGAUUGCUGGGAUGGCCCAGAUGGGGAGCCAGUGGUGCACCAUGGCUACACCCUGACUUCCAAAAUCCUCUUCCGGGACGUGGCAGAAACCAUCAAUAAAUACGCCUUCAUCAAAAACGAGUUUCCAGUGAUCCUGUCCAUUGAAAACCACUGCAGUAUUCAACAGCAAAAGAAGAUCGCCCAGUACCUGAAGGAGAUAUUUGGUGACAAACUGGACUUGUCAUCCGUGAGCACUGGAGAUCCCAGACAGCUUCCCAGCCCUCAGGAUUUAAAAGGGAAAAUCCUAGUGAAGGGUAAGAAGUUGCCCUGCAGCCUUGGAGCAGAUGCUGAGGAAGGAGAGGUUUCAGAAGAGGACAGUGCUGAUGAAAUUGAGGACGACUGCAAGUUAAAGCCCUGCUUUAGCAAUGGUGCAACUCAGCACCAGGUGGAAUCCUUCAUACGGACGAAACUGGAGUCUCUGCUGAAAGAAUCCCAAAUCAGGGACAAGGAGGAUCCUGACAGCUUCACUGUGAGAGCCCUGCUGAAGGCAACUCACCAGAGCUUCAGUGUGAACCUGAAGCAGAACUUGGACCCAAAAGAAGGCGGAAAAAAGUCUCAUGGUCGAUCAUUAAUGGGCAACUUCAGCAAACACAAGAGAGCUGCCAAGGCAGCAGCCAAAGCCCACAGUGCCUCGGACGAUGAGGACGGCCAGCAGCACCCUCCGGGCAAGGAGCUGGGGCAGCCCCACAGGCUGGCCCGCCGCAGGAAGACAGUGAAGCUGUGCCGGGCCCUGUCGGACCUGGUGGUGUACACCAACUCCGUGGCAGCCCAGGACAUCGUGGAUGAUGGCUCCACAGGGAAUGUGCUGUCGUUCAGUGAGACCAGAGCCCACCAGGCAGUGCAGCAGAAGGCUGAGCAGUUCAUGCUUUACAACCAGAGGCAGCUGACCAGGGUCUAUCCCUCAGCCUACCGGAUCGACUCCAGCAACUUCAACCCUGUUCCCUACUGGAAUGUGGGCUGCCAGUUAGUGGCCCUAAACUACCAGUCUGAGGGACGUGUGAUGCAGUUAAAUGAAGCAAAAUUCAGGGUAAAUGGCAACUGUGGUUAUGUCCUCAAACCUCAGCAGAUGUGCAAAGGCACAUUCAACCCCUACUCUGCUGAUCCACUUCCUGCCAGUCCUAAGAAGCAGCUGAUUCUGAAGAUCAUCAGUGGGCAGCAGCUCCCCAAGCCUCCUGACUCAAUGCUGGGGGACAGAGGAGAGAUAAUAGAUCCCUUUGUUGAGGUGGAGAUUAUUGGGUUACCUGUUGACUGCUGUAAAGAUCAGACCAGGGUGGUGGAUGACAAUGGGUUCAAUCCUGUGUGGGAGGAGACCCUCACCUUCACCAUCCACAUGCCCGAGAUUGCCCUGGUGCGGUUCCUGGUCUGGGACCACGACCCCAUCGGGAGGGACUUUGUGGGGCAGAGAACUGUGGCCUUCAGCAGCCUCGUGCCUGGCUAUCGCCACGUGUACUUAGAAGGACUGACAGAAGCUUCCAUAUUUGUUCAUAUAAUCAUUAAUGAGACCUAUGGAAAGAGCAAGCAGCUGAUGGGGCUCCGAGGGCUGUUCUCCAAGGCGCCCAAGGCGGGCACGGCCGAGGCCAGCGGGCACCACGUGCGCAAGCGCUCCAUCGGCGAGCGCAUCCUGCGGCGCACGGCCAGCGCCCCGGCCAAGGGCAGGAAGAAGAGCAAGAUGGGCUUCCUGGAGGCUGCUGAGAUGAAGGACAGCGCCUCGGAGCCAGCAGACCUGAAGGACAAGGAAGGGGUGCUGCGGCGGCCGAACCGCCCCUCGCAGGCGCGCCCUGCGUCCAUGCCCGUGGACAGAUUCCUCAUGGUGGAGCUGCCCUGCCCAGCAGAGGACACUGCCCAGGAGGCCGAGGGAGAGGACAACACAUCUGCCAACAGUGAUGACAAUACAAAUGAGAAGGAAACAAGCUUGAAAGAAUUGGGUUUUCCACAUUCGGAGCAAAAGUCAAAUGCUUCAAAUUUAGCAUCUCAGUUCAAGAAGGAGAAUGACCAGAGGGAUUCUACAGCUGCCUGUUUAGUACCACCUCCACAGGAGCAACCUGAACAUUUGAUUUUUGCAAAUGGUGUAGCUCAAGCAAAUCACCUUGUGGAUUACCAGGAGAAUAAUCUUUCUGAUGGAACUGUCCCCCUAACGCAAGACUCUGACUCUGAACUUCCCACAGAAAAAUUACACCACAAAAACUGUGCAGACUGUAAAAAGGAAGAUGACACAAAAGGAUCUAAAGAAGGGAAGAUCAGUCUCAUGGGGACUUCUGUUUCUCAGAGCACAGAGGUGGAGAAUCACAAAUGUGACACGAAGAAAAGCAGUGCAGCACCUCUUUCCCCUUCUUCUGCCAUGUGCUCUGAGAGCCCUGACUGUCACUCCACGGUGGCCCUGCAGGACAGUGACAUUUCUCACCUCAUUGAUGAAGUCUCUCUCUCGACUGAGAGCGAGCUGGACAGCGCUGUGUCCACUCUCAUCGGGCAGCUCGAUGGCACAGAUGAGCAAACUCCCCUUCCCCCUGUCUCCAGCCCCCACGGCAGCAGCAGCCAGACCCCCAGGGUGGGGAAUGCAGUCCCACAUGUGUUUGCUGCAGACCUGAACAGCCCCUGUAGGCACAACUUCACUCCCACAAAAUCCAACAAAUCCUCUUUAUUCUCCACUCCGGACACAGCCAUGUUCUCCAGCCUGGAGGAGGCAGAGUAUUCCACAUACACAGUUCUCCAUGAGGCAUCUCCAGCUUCUGAAUGUAAGAGCCACAGGGCAUUAGUUUGCAAGAAAAGGUUAAAUAGUCUAGAAAGUAACUUGCCCAGUUCUUCUUGUUCUUCAUCCCUCUCUUUGCUGAAUGCAAAUCCCAAAAGGAAUUGUGCUACAAAGUGUGGACCAAGCUGGGAAGCCCCCGAGCCUGCCAGUUCUUUUGGGUCCAACAGCCUCGUCUUUGAGGAGGUGCUGGGGCACCCUGUCCCUGGAGAGCACUCGGCCAGCAGCAGCCUGCUGGAGCUGGAUGGGGACCGCCAGGAGCUCCUGGUGACCGCCCGUGAGUACCGACGGGAGGACAUGAGCCAGCUGGCCUCGCCCGUGAGCCUGAGGCAGAGGCAGGAGCCCGGGCACGGCGGUGACAGGAGCUCUGGGAGCAGCUCCACCGGGCACGGCGGUGACAGGAGCUCUGGGAGCAGCUCCACCGGCGGGGACAGGACCUCGGGGAGCAGCUCCACCAGCGGGGACAGGACCUCGGGGAGCAGCUCCACCAGUGGGGACAGGACCUCGGGGAGCAGCUCCACCGGGAGCAGCUCCACCGCUGCGCCCUGUGCCGCUGCCCGGCACCGCUCCGGGACCUGCGGGGCUGCAGGGAGCCAGCUGGCUGUCCCCGCGUGUGAGAGCGCUGGCGGUUCGUGGCAGCAGCCCUCGGAGAAGCACAGGGCUGCCGUGUGUGCCCCCCAGGCCGGCUCAGCCUGCCCGCUGCGCCCAGGGGCUCUGCCGUUCCCCACACACCCGGCCAUCCAGCACAGCAGCCCCUGCAAGUCCAAGAGCCUGGGAGACCUGACCUCGGAGGACAUCUCCUGCAACUUUGAGAGUAAGUAUCAGUACAUCAGCAGGAGCUUCAUCUCCUCGGGCCUGAGGGACGGCAAGCUGGCCGCCAUGCAGGGCGUGAGGCCGCACUCGACGGACGCGCUGACGGAGCAGCUGCGGAGGCUGCUGUCCCCGGAGCAGGAGGACGGCCGGGAGCCGCUGUGUCCCAGGCAGCCGGACGAGGACUGCCCGCGGGCCCUGGUGAGGAAGCUGUCGUCCCGCAGCCAGAGCCGGGUGCGGAACAUCGCCAGCCGCGCCCGGGAGCGGCAGGAGGCGGCGGGCAAGCCGCGGCCGUGCGGCGGCAGCGCCGUGCCCGGCGUGGUGCUGCGGAGCAAGGCCCCGGGGCCGCCGCUGGCCGCCAACCGGCACUCCACGGGCUCCUGCAUCGGCCGCUACCUGCGCGGCUGCCCCGGCGAGCGGCGCGGCGUGCCCGAGGGCGCCUGCUCCGCGCUGCAGCACGGCUGCGGGGAGCUGCAGCACGGCUGCGGGGAGCUGCACGGCUGCGGGGAGCUGCACGGCUGCGGGGAGCUGCCGCUGCCGCCCGGCGCGCAGGAGCAGCCCGAGAUCUAUUUCCUGCUCCGGCUCUAG